AUGGUGGUGAAUGUGGUAGUGGACAUGGAGGAAGUGGAGGUAGAGGUAGUGGUGGUACAGGUGGUGGUGGUGAAUGUGGUGGUGGUGGUAGUGGUGAUGGACGUGGUGGUGGUGAAUAUCGUGGUGGUGAAGGCAAUGAUGGUGAAUGUGGUGGUGGAUGUGGUGGCGUUUUUGAAAAUACUAACAGCGUAUUUCCAGAACUUGAAAUCACCACUACAUCCACUACCAAAUUCACCACCACCACCAUAUUCACCACCACCACGUCCACCACCACUAGCACCACCACAUUCAUCACCACCACCUUUACCACCACUACCAUCACCACCACUUCCUCAACCUCCACCACCACCACCUCCAUUAACACAUUUACCACCAUCACCAAUAAUGUUGAUCGUUACGAUCAUGGAAGAAAGGGAAAAUAAAGGACUUGAGGAGGAGAGGGAGGAGAAGGAAGAGGAGGUGGAAGAAGAUCACGUGGAGGAGGAGAAGGAGGUGGAGGAAGUGGAGGGGGAGGUGUAA